AGCAAAGAAUAAAGGUCUAUCCACUACUCUCUAAACCCUUGGAGAUUUUAUUUCUCUUUCACACACACACUAUUUGCAGUGUUGAAUGAACAAUGCCUAGCCCGUACAGAUUUCUAUCGGCUGUCGAUAAGGCGGUGGGGGUGGCGGAACCGCCUGAGGCGGUGGCUGUCGAGGCAGAUUUCGUUGUGAUCCUCGCCGCUCUCCUCUGUGCUUUGAUUUGUGUUGUAGGUCUCAUCGCUGUAGCUCGCUGCGCAUGGUUCCGUCGUGGAUCUGUUGCUAGCGAUAGCCGGACUCCAGGCCAGCCAUCUGCGAAUAGAGGAAUCAAGAAGAAGAUCAUUGAAGUGCUUCCGAAGUUUACGUAUGAUUCGAGCAAGGAAGGUAAGAGCUGCGACGACUGUGGAAAGUUGUCUUCGAGUGACUGUGCGAUCUGUUUGGCGGAGUACGCUGACGGAGAUGAGAUCCGUGUACUACCGCAAUGCGGACAUGGAUUUCACAUUGGAUGCAUUGAUACAUGGCUCAGUUCUCACUCUUCCUGUCCGUCGUGUAGACAGAUCCUGAUCACCACGAGGUGCAAAAAGAGCGGUGACUUGUCGACGAUUUCCGUCGGAAAAGUUCCAUUAGAAGCGAAACAGAGUAAUAGCUCUAGUUCAAGUGAUUAUUUACCUUGAUGAUUUAAAAUUUUGGAAAAAAUCGCAAAGGCAAUUCCCCAUCCGAUGAUAAUUUAUUGAUAAUCUAUCUGAAUCUGGUGGUCCGUGAUACGGAAUGAAGAGUAACUGACACGGCGGACCAUUUGCACGGUCUUUGGAGGUUUGUGUAUAGCUAGAGAAGGGGAAGUUCACUGUUGUGGCGGGGUCCGAAAAGUGUGUGGGAUUAGUUGGUAUUUAGAAGUAGCACAUUGUUUUUCAAAUAUCCUUUGGCGUGUUUCUUAUCAUUAUCCUCUUUCUCAUCUUUUGUAAAUAAAAAAAGUUAAACAGAGCUACUCAUGACUC